AUGGUCGCAUUGGACACCGUCUGGCCCGCAGAUUCGAUCGAGUUCUGCCCUCACGAGAGUGCUUCUGAUAUCUUUGUUUGCGGGACCUAUCGAUUAGAACAGUCCCCCACUAAAUCAGAUCACGAACCUACGGCAAAAAAACAAAGUCAAGUCCGUCGUGGCAGGUGUCUUGUAUUGCAGGUAACAGAGGACAGAGGAGUAUCCCAAAUUCAGGAAAUCAGUCUUCCAGCUGUCCUCGACCAGAAAUGGUGUCAUACAUCUCAAACGGCCUCUCCAGUACUCGGAAUUGCAGACUCAGAAGGGAACGUUACCCUUCAUGAAUGGCACAAAGAAGAGCGCCAGCUCAAGGCACUUCAGAGUGUAUCCUGCGCACCAUCAGAUGUUCUGUGCCUUUCCUUAGAUUGGUCUACCCGAAGAUACCCUACGAACAAUCACGGUUCUCUGGUGGUUUCCUUGUCAAACGGCUCGCUAUGCGUUCUGAAUCCUGAUUCGACCGGCAAUUUGACUAUCGUCAACCGGUGGCACGCACACGAUUACGAACCUUGGAUUGCUGCUUGGAACUAUUGGGAUACGUCCAUCAUUUAUUCGGGUGGAGACGACUUAACUAUGAAGGGCUGGGAUGUUCGACAAAGUUUUAGCCAGCCCAUCUUUACAAAUAAGCGGCAUGUAACUAUCUCCACAUGUCUAUUUAAUGCAGGUGUCACAACUAUCCAGAGCCAUCCACACGUCGAAUAUAUCAUAGCCGUCGGAAGUUACGAUAAUAGCGUUUGCAUUUUUGACACUCGGAAGCCGCUGGUACCGCUUGUCCAAGGAGAUGUUGGAGGGGGUGCGUGGCGUGUCAAGUGGCAUCCGUCACCUAGUCGUAAAGAGGAUCUUCUCAUUGCAAGCAUGCACGACGGUUUCAAAGUGGCGAAGGCCCACCACGGAGAAGAUGUAAUGUGGGAAAUUGUGAAGCGGUUUGAUGACCACAAGUCGCUAGCAUACGGCGCAGACUGGUCAUUCGCUCCUCCAGGUGUAGAUGGGGAGACACUGAUCGGGAGUUGCUCAUUCUACGACCACAUGUUACACCUUUGGAGCGGCUAG